AACUGUUAACAAGCUAGCUAGCUUAUUACAUAGUGCUAUGAGAUGCUACGCUUGUAGUUCUUGCUCUUAAAAACAAACGUGAUUUGAUCCAUUUGAGCUCAUUUAUUAGUACCAAAGUUUGUAAUGAUUUAUGUGUUGACCGUAAUAUUACAAACAAACAGCUGAACGCGAACUUACCAUCUUAUAAAGAAAACAAAAAGGAUGUCGCCAGCUAUUGUUUUAGCUAGCUAACGUUAGCGCUCCUUCGUUUCUAUAGUAACUGUGUUGACAAGCCGCGGUGCGUUUACGCUCGCCCGACCGUCACGUUCAUUCACAUUUCCUGUUCAAGGAAGUUGGCUGUCGACAGAAAGUAAUAUAGUAUGUUAUACUAAACACAAUCUAGCACAUAACACAUUAUACACAGUUAUAUGUACCUAAAAAUUUUCUUUCUUUUGUUGUACUUCGCUUUAACGUAACUUUGGAUGAAGGCGAAAUAACAAAAUAUAAAUGUAAGUGAGCAUCAUGGGAAUGGAAAUAUGUACAUAGGAAGGCGCUUGAACUGAACUGAUUCAAGUUGUGUUUGUAUAUUUACAUUAAAGAUGUCGCUGAUUUACUCCACAACAGGGUGUAAUGUGCCAUCUAGUGGUGCUGUAGCGAUAUUGGUGAAGUUGAAAUGACACGAUUAUUAAAGUUUCGAGCAGCUGUGAAUGCAGCCAUUGAACUUUCACCGGUACCCGGAACAACAACACAAGCAGAUUUGAGACGUUAUUUGAGCGAUAACGGACCUUUGAUCUUAGAUGGUGGAUUAGCAACUGAACUUGAAGCGCAAGGAUUCAGUUUGCAGGGAGACCCUUUAUGGAGCGCCAGGCUUUUGCACACCAAUCCCCAGGCCAUUACAGACGCUCAUUACAGGUAUCUCCUUAGUGGUGCUGAUGUUGUCACCACAGCCACAUACCAGGCCAGCGUUAGAGGAUUCAUAAAUUACCUGCACAUGAGUUCAGAAUGCGCCAGAGAGACGCUGAUGUCUGGAGUUCAUUUGGCCAAAAAGGUCAUAGAGAAAACUGUCUCCAUUGGUCAUCCAACAGGGCAGCAUUGUCCCUGGGUGGCAGCUUCUGUUGGACCAUAUGGGGCCUUUUUGCACAACGGCUCAGAAUAUACAGGAGCUUAUGCAGCAGAGAUGAGUGUUGAAGAGCUUAAAACUUGGCAUCGGCCACAAGUUGACUGUUUGGCAGCAGCAGGACCUGAUCUCAUUGUUUUUGAGACAAUCCCAAGUAUCAAAGAGGCAGAAGCCCUGGUGGAGCUGCUGCGAGAGUUUCCAAACUCUCAGGCCUGGCUCUCCUUUUCCUGCAAGGAUGGCAGGUGUAUAUCAGACGGCAGUCUGUUCACAGAUGCUGUCCAGAUAGCAAAUAGAUCCUCGCAGCUGGUGGCUGUGGGUGUCAACUGCUGUUCUCCACACAUAGUGGAGCCACUGCUGGACUCUGCCAGGUCCCUGCUCAGGCCAGACAUGAGCUGGGUGGCCUACCCCAACAGUGGAGAGGACUGGGACACCGAGCAGGGGUGGCUGACAUCAGGGAAAGCAUCAGGGUCAAUACCUGAACUCAGUCACACGUGGAUGAAGCAAGGAGCUUCUCUGAUUGGUGGAUGCUGCCGUAUCGGUCCCGCUCACAUAGCAGAGUUAAGACGCCAGUUAAAAAGCUGAUCGCCGCCACAGCAGCUGAAGAUGUUUAUAAACAAAUAAAAAGAAACAUGAGUUCAUAAAAAUCUUAAUUUAUUGUAAAAUAAAUAAAACCACUACAUCAAAUCCA